AGAGAGAGAGAGAGAGAGAGAGAGAGAGAGAGAGGAAACGAGCGGGGAGCGGCUGAGAACAGUCGAUGGAUGCUGUCCGGAUUGAAGGGGCAGCACGUUCUUCACUGACGAGGAAAGGAAAGAUUUCAAAAUUGAGUCGAAGGAUAGAAACUCGCCGUCAGGCAUGGUGUGUGAGAAGGGGAUCCAGAUCCUUCUCACCACCGUGGGGGCGUUCGCCGCCUUCGGCCUGAUGACGGUGGCCAUAGGGACGGACUACUGGCUGUACUCCCGCGCCCUCAUCUGCAACAGUACAGCCAACGUCACGCAGGACGACCCUCAUAACAAGGACAAGAAGGACCCGGGGGCGCUCACCCACUCGGGACUCUGGAGGAUAUGCUGCCUGGAAGGAGUGAAGCGAGGAUUGUGUUCUCAGAUCAACCACUUCCCGGAGGACGCGGACUUUGACCAUGACGGGGCCGAGUACGUCCUACGCGUGGUGAGGGCUUCCAACAUCUUCCCCAUCCUCAGCGCCAUCUUGCUGCUAUUGGGAGGCGUGUGCAUUGCUGCUAGCCGUUUCUAUCGGAGCAAACGCAACAUUAUCCUGGGAGCGGGGAUUCUCUUUGUGGCUGCAGGUCUGAGCAACAUCAUCGGCGUGAUCGUGUACAUCUCGGCGGCGCUGGGCGACAUCUCCCCCAAGAAGGAUGAGGACAAGAAGUGGCAGUACUCGUAUGGUUGGUCCUUCUACUUUGGCGGGCUGUCCUUCAUCAUGGCCGAGAUGGUGGGCGUGCUGGCGGUCAACAUUUACAUCGAGAAGAACAAGGAGCUGCGCUGCCGCUCGCGCACCGACAUCUUCAAGAGCACCACGCACGCCAUGCUGCGCCUCCCCAGCUACCGCUUCCGCCGUCGCUCCCGCUCCUCAUCGCGCUCCACCGACCCCUCUCGCUCCCGAGACCCUUCGCCGGUGGGCGGCGGUGUGGGGAAGAACUUCGGCCUGCCCCCAUCGGCGCUGCUCUCCCAGGGCCCCAUCUCCGUGUCCACGCUGCCCAACCCGCACUCGCGCUCCCACACGGCGCUGGCCGGAGGCGACAUCUCACUCUACACGCUGUCCCGCGACCCCAAACUGGGUGGCUUGGCGCCCAUGUAUGGCACAGUGGACCGCGCCACACUCUACCAGCUUCACAACUGCUUCCCCAAGGACGGCGGCGGGGGCGGCAUGAUGAGUGGCACGCUGCCCUCGCUCAAGUCCCACAACCCUUCCAACUCCUCCAACUCCAACGUGCCAAUGCCCAACUCGGUGGGCUCCGGACCGCCCCCCUUCACUUCGUCCACGGUGGACAGGGAGCGAGGAAUGGGUACUCUGGACAGGCUGAAGGGAGACAGAGAGAGCAACUCCAACACCCUCAAUCGGAAGACCACACCUGUGUAAAAAGGGGGUUAGGAUUAAGGUUAGGGUUGGGGGGGGGGGGGGGGGGGGCGCAGGAAGUAGCGGUCGUCCAGCACAGCCAAUAUGUCAAAAGAUGAGUACGAUCAUAAGCGAGCGAUAACAACAACAAUGAACUCUCACAACAAAACUAUUUUGAUAUCUACACGUUCUAGAAAUGAUUUAUUUUGUUAACGAUCAACAUGCAAACUAACCUCGGGCUACUACAAAAAUGCAAUGUGCAAUAUUAGCGCUAAUUUAGCAGACCUGCGUUGGCGUCGAUUGUUGUUGUGAUUAUUCUUUGCGUUGCUACUGGGGAUGGGCAGAACAAUCCAUUUGUGUCGAUUCGGGAUUGUCUCGUUUUUUUUUUUUUUUAACUAGUUAUACUUAUGGCCUCCCAAUAUGAAUUUAUGCUUUGCGUAGGCUACUUUGCGUACGCUACGACACGCAACUCGUUUGGCCUUUUGGGAACAGUGUGCUAAAAGUGUUACAAAAUUCAACUUUGUGGAACAAAUGUUAUUUUAUUGAUUUAUUUUUGACAAAAGAAUUAUCCCGAAAAAAGCAAAACAAACACCUGUCAGAUCAUUGCUGGCAUCGAUGAAGGAAAUGUUUUUGGAAUUGCCAUCCCUAGUGGUUCCAAGCUCGCUGCGUUGUCCAAAGUCAACGUUUCCAUGUUGCUGACUUUAACUGUGAUUAGUUUUUUUUUCUUCCAAGAUGGAAGGGGUGAGCAGCGUGCCUCCAUGUCAAGCGUGUGUGUGCAUGAAAUCUUUGGUGGAGAGAAUGACUUCUUUUGACUUACCGGCCACUAGCUACGACUUUUAUUUCAUUUUUAUUUUCCAAAUGUGAAUACUGUAAAUUGUCUUCCAAUAAUAGCGAUACAAAAGAGAUGCAACAAUAACGACUCGGUUUUGGCCUUCGUACGUCUUCUUUCCAUCGGAAUCCCUGUUAGCAGUACUUGUAGCGCUAGUCGUGUUGAAGAUGUUUGUUCUUUGGGCAUUAACGACAACCUCGCGUUCAAACGGGAGGAAAUAAAAAAUAUGUACAGAAGCAAGUGGAAAAAGGGAAGGAAAAAAAUUUAAUAAUCUCUUUUCUAUGAGUCGGAAAGUGACACAUUUCAUUUUCAAUAACAAAAAAAAACCCAAGCAUCAUGUAAAUGUGGGUUUGGAGAAAAUGUACAUUGUAAUUUAUGCAUACAUAUAUUUGUAAAUCCUCUAAAAAAAAAAAAGAGCUUUUGUUACUCUGACUCUUACUUGGUGGUUUACCUCAUUAGCCCCGCCCUCAUGAACCUUUUGACCCGCCCCCUUUCCUGAGCAUUGAUGGGAACCUCCCCAAAGAUUCUUUUCACUGUGCUUCCUUGCUCCUCUUCUCGAAGGAAGGUGAUGAGAAUGUAAGCGGCCUGACACACGCGUCUUCUUUUUUCCCUUCUCGAAAAUCAGACUCUUGUGACAUGAUGCAACAACCACUGAACUAAAAAAAAAAAAAAAAAAUCGGAAAAACAAAGGAGACGCUUCCAGACUUUCUGAAUUUCUUCGGUGACAUUCUCGGGAAAAAAGUGACAAACGUGCGCACAGAGAGCAUUUAUGUGGGCAAUAUGAAUCAAAUGUAGAUAUAUAGAGACAACUGAUUAUGGUUUAUCUAAAUGUGUGAUAAACUCAAACACUGUAUUGCACGAAAUUUAUAAAAAAAAAUACUGCUGGA